AUGGCCAGUAGUUCUGGGCAUCGCUGCGUUUUCGUUGGGAACAUACCAUAUGAUGCCACUGAGGAACAGCUCGUACAGAUCUGUGAGGAGGUUGGCCCUGUCGUGUCUUUCAGAUUCAAGACAGUUGUGACACCCCAUGAAGAGAAUCUUCUUUCCAUACCUCCUCAAGUGCAAGCUCCUGCAUACCAUUGUGAAUUGCAAAGUGGAUUAGUUAUAGAUAGAGAAACCGGGAAACCAAAAGGUUACGGAUUCUGUGAAUACAAGGAUGAAGAAACAGCGCUAAGUGCUCGUCGCAAUCUUCAGGGAUACGAGAUCAAUGGUCGUCAAUUGCGUGUUGAUUUCGCUGAAAAUGAUAAAAAUUCUAAUGGAAAUCGAGAACAGGGUCGUGGUGGACCUGGAAUGGUCUCGAGUAUUGACCCUCAAAAACAAUUUGGGGGCCCAGCAAUCCUUGGGGAUGCUGGUCUUAAGCAGCCAAUAGGUCUAUCAGUAGCUAUGGCUGCUGCAUCACUCAUGGCGGGAGCUCUUGGAGGUCCUCAGAUUGGGAGCAACUCCAAUCAAAGUGGCCAUCAGGGCCAGGCGGUUUUGGGCACCGAUCUGUUGACCCUUCAUCUGGCCAAAAUGUCAAGAAACCAGUUGAAUGAGAUUAUUUCUGAGAUGAAGGUAAUGGCUACACAAAAACCGGAACAAGCCCGCCAGUUAUUACUUGCAAGCCCGCAGUUGCCAAAAGCUCUUUUGCAGGCCCAGAUAAUGUUAGGAAUGGUUACCCCACAGAUGUUGCAGAUGCAAAAUAUUCGACAGGCUUCCGGUUCACUUCUGAAGCCUUUGUUGCAAGAUGGUGAACAGGGUCAGCGGCCAGAAGUUCAAAAUCUUCCAGGGCUUCCCUUUCUUUUACAGAACAAGAUGCAGUUUGGUGUGAUGCCUCAAUCACAAGAAGGUCAAGUAAAUCAGUACCUCUUACAACUUCCUACACGGCCUCAUAUUCAGCUUCCACAGCUAACCCAGCACCAAGUUUUACAACAAGGCCCAUUGCCUGGGCAGUCUGGAGUUUCAACCCUUCCAUCAGUUCGUAUGCAGUGGUUAGGCGAUCUGUCUGUUCGGCCUCAAAUUCAAGUGGCAAAUUCCUCUUCUUUGAAGCAGGAAGUGGAACCUCUGUUACACGGCCCUUUGGGAAAUAAUGCUCAGCUGGUUGGUCCAAAUGCACCCCUUCAACCUUCUCUUUUGAUUCGUCCACUACUGUCAGAUCAUGGUUUUCAGGACUCUAAUAGACCUCCACAAGUUACUAAUGAUUCAACUUGGAGCCAUAGAGUUGAUACGUAUCCCAGCUUGUCUUCAGACAUAUCAGAGAAAGCAGACAUGGUCUGUGACAUUUUAGACCCAAUGAAGCGCCCUUCAAAACUGGUGAAAUUAGAGGAUGGAAGAAGGACCACUUUCUUGGGGCCAGAUGUAAACGGCUCUGCUGUAUCUGGCCCAUCGCAGGUUUUUGGCUUGUCUGGAAACCAAAAGCCAAAACCACAAGAAGCUUUAGAUUCUGAGAAACAAGCUCCUCAGUCUCGCUUAAAUGACAUUUUCGUCCAUUUAAGCUCCAUGGUUUCAAGCUUGAAAAUGCUGAUAAUGGAACAGUUCCAUUAUGACCCAUGA